UAAACAACACAGCUGUUGUGUGUACGAAGUGACCCCUUGUAGUGAAUGCUGAUCUGUCAGCCUGUAGCAGGCCGCCCCUCGCAUGGCUCUCUAGCCACAGUCACCACACAUCACACGUCUCCCAGACGCAGCGUGUAUAUCUAGUCUCUUGGUGACGAUUAAGAUGCCACUGACAUUCAAUUCUGGUAAUAUUAGGACAGUAUCUGGACUCUGCAAGAUUAUUGAAACAAGCCUGCUGCUGGUGGCGAUAAUGAUACAGAGGAUAACAAAUACACAGUUUGGUCAGCAAGAUGCUCAUAUCUUCAGCAUGGGCCUGUUGGUGGCCGGACUCAUCAUCACGCCCAUCCUGCUGAUCUGCUACAUUGUUGACAAGAGUAUAACCAGAUCCUCUCUGCUUGAGCCUGUGCUGAACAUCACUCUCUUUGGACUGCUUCUGAUUGCUGCUAUCAUAUGCUUCGUAUUCUGGACACGUCACUAUGUUCCUCGUGAUCCUAAUGCACGUUCUUCUGGCCUUGCUUUGGGAUGCUUCGUCUUGUUCUCCAGCAUCACGUACCUGGUUGACGGUGUCUUUGCGUGUCGUUUAUAUUUCCGGUCUAACUGAGCAAGCACUUGCCAUUUGACUUGCUUGUAUGUUAGAAAUUAAGGUAUACUAGUACAUGAUAUUUUAUUAAAUGUUGUCCAGAGGAAAACUAAGCUGUAAUCACUGUUUUGAGAAUCUCUAAUUUGUAUUAAGUGUUAUUUCUGCUAUUAGAUACUUUAUAAUCUUCUAUAAGAGAAAGUUUUUAAUUUUUCAGUUAAAAACAUUUAUAUAUCAGUGCCUGUCUGUUACAUAUCUCUCAUACCAUAUCCCCCUUACUGAAGUGAAUGACUGUGUAUUAAGAACAUUUCUGCAUAGUUGCCUUCCUUCAUGUUGUCUAUGCUUGAAACAGGUGUUUGAAGAAGUGUACAUGCUAGAUUGACUUAUACACGUGUCCAUGCUAGAUUGACAUACAAAAGUGUUCAUACAUGAUUGACUUUCAGAAGUGUUCAUGCUAGACUGACUCGCACAAGUGGUGCAUUCACCAACUGCUUGUAAAAACAAUGAAAAAGAAUGCACCAACACAUAUGGUUGUCUCAAUUCAUAAAUAGAAAUUGAAAAGCUGAAGAAUGAUCACUUAGAAAACAUGUAGCCAGAAAAAAUGGAGAUUGUAUAUAGAUUGUAAAUUAGAAAUUGAAUUUGAAAGUUGAAAAGAAGAGAAAGUCAUGGAUUUAUUGACUUGAUAAAUGCUAAAUGUGCAGACUCUUAUGUUGUUAUUUGUUUGUGCAUAUGGUGUAGGCAGGCCUCAUGCCUGCCUUCCAUUGGUUAACUGCGGUGCCUAUAGAAGUAACAUCGGGAAAUUUCUAACCAUGUUAGUGAAGUGAUUCUCAUUUUUGUUCCCCGAGAACAGUCAUAGUCAAACCAGCAUGAGAAAUCUGUUGAUAAAUGUUUCAAUAGUCUGUUUAAAAAUCUUCAUGAUGUUAAUGAGUUCCAUAGUACAGUUGGGUUCAUACUUGACUCACAUUCGGGUUCAAAUCCCAAGUGGGACAGUUGGGUUGGGCAAUUUCAAUUUCACCCUUUCCUUUCCAGAGAUUUAUACAGUUGAACAACUACCUUCUUUUCCUUGAAGUUAAAAGUUCACAUUACUUACCAAACCCAGGUAAUAGUAUUUUUUUUUUUUUACUGCAGCUCCCACUUGUGCAACUUUCAGUGAUUCAGAUUCCACGGUUCUUUUCUUCUUCAUAAGUGUACACAAGCUGCCUGUCCUCAACAAAGUGAACUAUUAUUUGUAUUGUUUGUUGCUUUUGUAUUUUCCUUGGGUUAAUUACUUCCAGAAGUGCUAAUUGCAUUGUAUAUUAUCCAUACCAUUUAAAUUCAAAUUAUUUGCGUUAUGAAAUCUGUAAUGUAUCCUUUAAAUUAUAUUGAGAAUUUUAAUUUUUUAUCUUUAAGUACUGUGCAGUUAUAUAAUAUAAAUAUGUACAGGUAGUCAGUUGAUACAUUUUUCCUAUGAUUUGAUUUUAAAUGUUAAAGAAUGCAUAAUAAUAUUAGUUGUGUGAGAACGAAACCACACACCAGAAAGACGAGGAUAAGACGACGUUUUGGUCCAUCCUGGACCAUUAUUAAGUCGAUUGUUUCGACAAUGAAACAUCGUUGUCUCAUGUUUCUGGUGAGUGGUUUAGUUCACAUACCUUCAAGCCACGUUAUUGUGACUGAUCGUCUGCAUAUUUGUUGUGUGUUAUAUUUAAUGUUUCGAAUCUCAUAAUACAGUAUUGUCAAGGGUAACAACCAUAUCCUGUGUAUAAUAAGUAACUCUCCAUGACUUCCGGUAAAUUAAAUUGUAUUAUGUGUGUGAAUAAACUACAUGCUUGAAGCUGU